UUACCAUGGCAACUCCAUCACCGAAAACAAGUAAAUAAAAUUGACUGUCAAGAAAUAAUAGUAAAACAAUUGAAUUGAAUUCUCAGAAUUCAAAAGAUUUUGUACUCACGUAUUAAAAAAAAUGAAUUGGGAUGAAGACAUUGACCUUCUAGCUGGGAAAAAGAAAUUUUUUUGUUUACAUUAGAUUCUUUAAACAUUAGCAAUCAAUGUAUUACAUGUUUAUGAUGAUAUGAUUUGUACCAUAUAUGAUUUGUGAAACCUGAGGUCACCAAAACCGAUUUGGAUUGCACGUAGAACUGGAUCUACUAUAAAGGAAUGUUACAGUCAGCUGCUAAGCUGGGUAGAAGAUCUAGUAAUAUUACUCCGCCAUCGCAUAAUAACGAUGAAAUUCUGAAUGUCAACGACUUUGAAAAUAACCCUGAAACUCGCGAAAAACCCAUACAGGCAAGAACAACGGGAGUUUGGGUAGACGAUGGUGUUAAAUCGGCAAAGACCAGCAGAAACACUGCAAACAUUAUCGAACUCGAAAGAUUUCAAAGCGAAACCAAACGGGAUGACGAUGACAUACCCGAAAUUCCAGACAUUGAGGAUUUACAAGACGACCCCUUAAAUCUUCCUGAUGUCAAGCCCGUGGUAACCGUGGAUAAAUCAACUUACAAGGAACUGGAUAAUCAGCUUGGUAACAUACAAACCGAUAAAAUAAAUUUUGGUAAUUUGGGAAACAUAGACCUAUCAUUCUUGACCAACAAACUUUACCCAGAAAAAGAUGUGCAAAGCAAACCCGAAAUCUGGACAAUGGAAAGUCUAUUUAACGAAUUAUCGAGAAAUAACUAACAUUAAUAUUAUAAUUUUAAGUUAAUAUAAUUUGAUUUUAUCCUA